AUGGGUAAAGGAUUCCGGGUGUUGAAUUUAAUCAAGCCUAUAAUGCCAAUACUUCCGGAGGUUAAAACUCCGACAAGGAAGGUAUUGUUUAAGGAGAUGGUAAUGUGGACCGGCAUGUCCUUGUUUAUAUUUCUGGUUUGCUGUCAGAUUCCCAUCUAUGGCGCAAUUACCAAUAAGUCAUCAGACCCCUUUUAUUGGAUGAGGGUCAUAUUGGCUUCAAAUCGUGGGACUCUGAUGGAGCUCGGUAUUUCGCCCAUUGUCACGUCUUCCAUGGUGAUGCAGCUUUUGGCUGGUUCGAAAAUUAUAGAUGUCGACCAGUCUUUGAAGGAGGAUCGUGAUUUGUAUCAGGCAGCCGAGAAGCUUUUGGGACUCCUGGUUACCCUGGGUGAGGCUGUGGCCUACGUCCUCAGUGGUAUGUACGGAGACGUCAAGGAGAUCGGCGCCUUCAAGGCCGUGCUCAUCAUUCUCCAGCUCUUCUUCGCGGGUGUCGUCGUCAUUCUCUUCGACGAGAUGCUGCAGAAGGGCUACGGGCUAGGCUCGGGCAUCUCGCUCUUCAUUGCGACCAACAUCUGCGAGACUAUUCUGUGGAAGGCCUUCAGUCCCACCACCAUCAGCACUGACAAGGGCACUGAGUUCGAGGGCGCCCUCAUCUCCCUUUUCUACUGCUUCUUCACGAAGAAGAACAAGCUGUCCGCCUUCAAGGAGGCCUUUUACCGGAGCCACGCGCCCAACGUCACCAACUUGCUGGCCACCGCCUUGAUUUUUGUCAUUGUAAUCUAUUUGCAAGGCUUUCGGGUUGACCUUUCGGUCAAGUACCAGAACAUGAGGGGUCAGAGGGGCACCUAUCCCAUCAAGCUCUUCUACACCUCCAACAUUCCCAUCAUCCUACAAACUGCUCUGGUCUCGAACCUGUACUUCUUCUCUCAGCUGGUGUACAGGAGGUACAAGAACAACCUGUUCGCGAACCUCCUCGGCCAGUGGCAGGAGACUGAUCACGGCGCCUCAGUUCCCAUCGGCGGGCUCGCCUACUACCUUUCUCCUCCCAACACCUUCAAGGACAUCGUCAACGACCCUCUGCACACCCUCGUGUACAUCACGUUCGUGCUCGUGUCGUGUGCGGUGUUCUCGAAGACUUGGAUUGAGAUUUCCGGCAGCUCUGCCAGGGACGUCGCGAAGCAGCUCAGGGACCAGAGGAUCGGCAUGGUUGGUCACAGGGACUCUCCUCCUUCGCUCACCAAGGUUUUCAGCAGGUACGUGCCCACUGCUGCCGCUUUCGGCGGCAUGUGCAUUGGCGCUCUCACGAUUCUCGCCGACUUUCUCGGUGCUCUCGGCAGCGGCACUGGUAUUCUUUUGGCUGUCACUAUAAUUUACCAGUACUACGAGAUUAUGGUCAGGGAGCAGGAGAGGUCUGGGUCACUCAUUUAUAGCUAA